AUGGAUAAUUAUCUCCUUUUGGGAUCUCUACUUAAGAUUUUCUGGAAGAAUGCAACUUUUGCUGCCGAGUCUGAGACAAAUCUGCCAAGCACAACAAUAGUAGCCGUGCUGUUGCCAAUUUUUUCAACACCUCGAGAAAGCAUGCAGAUGUGGCUUGCCUCGAGAACAACCAUAACACCAGCUGUGUUGCAAGUAGAAGCACCUACCAAUGGUCCCAAAUCCCAUGCGUUCGCUACCAUUUCAGCAUCGAAUCCUGCAAAACGCUGCAAGAAACAUCGUGGAGAUUAUUUUGGCUCCUUGUCUGCCGCCUCCCGACCCCCGCCGGCCCCACGGCUGCCGCUUGCGGCCCCCGCCACCAAGCCCCCUGCCGUCGGCCCUCCCCAACCUCCUCAGCCACCCGAUCACCCAAUUGGCUCCACCGCCCACCAAAAACCACCACCAGGCUCGGGUGGUGCCCGAAAUCAGCUGCCCAACCACCGGGGAGCCACUGGAGCACCACCAGAGUGCCGCUCCCUAGCCACCAGACCACCCACUGGCCACUAG